UUUGUAGAGAGAAAAGUACAACUUACCAUAGGGUGGCAAUCUUUGCGAGAUGUCAACAGCCGGGAUGUAAACUUGAUUGAAAUAUGAAACGAUAUAGGAAAAUAUUAAUACGAACAUUGUUUUAUGAUGGCGCCUGCUUGUUUUUGAUCAUCGAGGACAGUGAUUUUCAAGUGGUGGCAUAUUUGUUUUCCCGGCAUAAUAAGAUAAUUUCCCUUCCUGGAAAAAGUUGACGUCCCCUGUUCAGCAUCCUCGGUCCCCACCCCAUCUGUCUCCGGACCCCACGGUUCUGUCGAGCGCGCAGGCGUGCCAAGCUGCGUGGGAAUGGCUGUUGGUGCGAUUGAGGGGGUUGGGCCGUGCGGAGCGAGCGGAGCGCUACAUGAGUUUGUAAUGUCCGCCAUGUUGGCCAUGGCGCAUUGAACCGGGGAGGGAGAGCGGAGCGCCAGAGCCACAGCGACCGACAGAGAGCGACCGAGACGCGGGCCUGCCCGUGCGCUGCUCGCGCUGCUACGGACCCGAGCCCAGCCUCGAUCGAGCCGCUCAUUCCAGAGGACCGUCCCGGAUCCAUCCAUGAGAACUACAAGCGGAACUGCUGUUAUUCCUCGCAGAUCCACGAGCUUUAUGCUGCGUCUUUUGAUAUAAAAACAUGAGUAAAUUGUCGUUUCGGGCGCGGGCGCUGGAUGCUAGCAAGCCCUUGCCCGUCUUCCGCUGCGAGGAUCUACCGGACCUACACGAAUAUGCUUCUAUCAACCGGGCGGUGCCGCAGAUGCCCACCGGGAUGGAAAAGGAGGAGGAAUCGGAGCACCAUCUCCAGCGGGCCAUCUCGGCGCAGCAGGUCUACGGCGAGAAGCGGGACAACAUGGUCAUCCCCGUGCCGGAGGCCGAAUGCAACAUCACGCACUACGAGUCCCUGUACCCGGGGGAUUUCAAUAUGCCAAAGCAGCUUAUUCACAUACAGCCUUUCAGUCUGGACACAGAGCAGCCAGACUACGACCUAGAUUCAGGGGACGAGACUUUUGUGAAUAAGCUGAAAAAGAAAAUGGAAAUCACGGCGCUGCAGUUUGAGGGGAUGAUAGACCGCCUGGAGAAAGGCAGCGGGCAGCAGUUCGUCAGUCUCCAGGAGGCCAAACUGCUGCUGAAGGAGGACGACGAGCUCAUCAAGGAGGUGUUUGACUACUGGAGCCGGAAGAGGAAGGUGUGCAAGGGCGGCACCUUCCUCCCUGUCGUCAAGCAGGAGAAGCGGGACGGCUCCAGCACCAGCGACCCAUACGUGGCCUUUCGCAGACGGACGGAGAAGAUGCAGACCAGGAAGAACCGCAAGAAUGACGAGGCUUCGUACGAGAAGAUGCUGAAGCUUCGCCGGGACCUCAGUCGAGCUGUCACCAUCCUGGAGAUGAUCAAGAGGAGGGAGAAAAGCAAGAGAGAACUGCUGCACCUCACCCUGGAGAUUGUAGAGAAGCGAAACACAAUGCCCGACUUUGGCAGCGAGGUGAUGGCAGAGGCGCUUGCCCAGCAGGCUCUGGUGAAGCCCAUCUACACCAUCCCCAUCAUUCCCAGUGCCAACCAGUACCGACACCAGGACCACUUGGACAUGGACUACAAGAAGCAGGACAAGACGGAGGUGGUGCGAACCAAAAGGAAAUACGAAAAGAAGCCCAAGAUCCCCCCUAUGUCUGCGCCCCAUCACACGGGACCUUCUGUGUUUAAUCUCAAGGACCUCAACCAGUAUGACUUCCCCAGCUCUGACGAAGAACCCUUCUCCCAGAUUAAUUCAGGUUCCUCCGAGGCAGAGGAAGAGAACGAUCCAGAUGGCUGCUAUGCGUUCAGGAGGAAAGCCGGCUGUCAUUACUACGCCUCCAAUCCUGGCCAGAGUGGCAGCUGGCCGUGGGUAAGUCCGCUGGAGGGCGGGCUGGGUCACCCAAGCUUCCGCUACUGUCUGACCUCGCUUAGCGCGCCGCCACGCUGCAUCGGUCUGGCUCGACGGCGCUUGGGCCGAGGUGGCAGAUUCUUGUUGGACCGAGCGCAUGCGGACCUCUGCCAGAACCUGGACUCCGACCCAAAACCAGAAUCGCUCACCUCGUCACUUCCAAGCUCUCCACUCCGCAACUCCAGUACCUCAGAAACCAAUACCUCGGACCUGAUCGGCUCUUCCCGACCCGUCUCCUCCGUCUCCUCAGCAUCACAACAUCCGCUGUCGUCAUCGUCAUCGUCACCCGCCAUGGCCACGGACCUUGGCCGCAUUCUUUUGAACAUUAAAUCUUGCCGCUGGAGGCAUUUCAGACCGCGGACGCUAUCCCGCCACCUUUUGCUUGGAGGAGACUCCCCUCCUAAAGGUUGUGGAGAUUUCAGUCGGACGGUGACGGGACUUACUCGGACACUGUCUGGGGGAUCCUGCCUGCAGAACCGCACUUGCGCUCCUGUCAACUUGUUGACGGUGGAGCAGUACCAGCAGCACCAAGAACAGUUGGCUGUCAUGCAGAAGCAGCAGUUGGAGCAGAGCCAACAGCAGCAGCAGCAACAGCCGCCACCACAACCGCCGCAGCAGCCGCCGCCGCAACACGCCAACAACUCCAUGAGCGCCGCCAACCCGCUGAUCCUGGUGUCCAAGACGUUGGACCAGGCCAGCGCCCAGUUCGCCGCCUCAGCUCUUGUCACCGCUGACCAGCUGCUGGCAUUCAAGUCCAAAGAGGAGCUGGUGUUGGCGAGCGGCGUCAACGGUGUCCUGGGGAACGCAGCGGUCUUCAAAGGUCUGCACUUGUCCAAUGCCACCACCCCGCCCGUCACCCCCGCUUUCCUCCAGACCUCCCCCCAGCUGGCCGCCCCUCCACCCGCCAACGCCGUCCCCGCCGUCUCACUCUCCUCCGUCCCGGCACUCGGCCUCCUCGGGUGCAACGCCGCCACCCCCGCCUCCACUCAGGUCCUCAUCGGGAACAACAUCUGUCUGAGCGUCCCCUCGGCCCCCGCCCUGGCCGGGCGCCACCUGCCCCGCACCCUGGCCGGGGUGCCGCCCUCUGCCUUAAAACUGUCCACCGGCACCAACCUGCAGAAGCCCAAAGUGUCCGCAACGCCGCCCAUGGACAUGAACUCCAGGGACAACCACGAGGAGGACAAGCCGUCCCUGAGCAGUAUAACAGACAACACGGUGGCCAUGGAAGUGACGUAGUAGCGGCCACAAAGGGGCGGAGUCUACUUUUUUGUUGUUUUUAGGUGCUGUGCAUCGUAGCGUAGUUGGGGGAUGCAAAAAAAAGGGACUGCCAGGAUGUGACAAGAGACUCUCAUCCUUUUUAAUGAAAAACUGUGUUUUGUUACCGUGGAAAAGUGUAAAUUAUGAAUAUACGGCAAAAAUGAAUAUGUGUACAGUAAAAUAUUUGUACAUAUUACUUGAAAAAAAGAAACUGUCCGUUUGUGAUGUUUUGCACUUGGGAGUCAAAAGAGGAAAAAAAAAAGGUAUGUUGAGAGAAUGAGUUGUACAGAGAAGUUUUAUCAUGUGCAUGGUGCGAGCUGCUGCUUUGAUCUAUUUAUUAUUGUGCCGUGUUUACACUUUUUAUUUGUACACUGUACCAUUUUUUGUUUGCUUCCUGUGCUCUUGUACACGUUAGCUAGCUGCAGACUCCUGGGUGUCUUUCUACAACAAAUCAAGCGCCCUCCCUCGCCCUUGAGGGCAGGGGUGUCCAAACAUGGUCCGGCGAGAGGGGCGCCGUGCGGAUAAGAUGUGUAGGUCAAAAUAUGCUAAGCUAUCAAAACAUCUUGGCUAAUUUGUAUCAUAUCGAAUCAUACAUCUCAAUCCUGAGCCGCACUUGGGGCACCCCUGCCUCGGGGUCUCGAGGAAAGAUGGCCGCCAUUGGUUGGGGUGGGGAGGCGUGAGACCUUUGACCGUUGUCGCAAAUAAUACGUAACAAAACAGGGAUGAAGUCUCUUCCCAGAAGCCUUUGCUGCUUCCUACUAAAGCACUAUUUUUGUGAUGUUUUGUUGUUUUUUUGAUACAGAUGCUGCUUUUUGUAUUUUGGGUUUUAAGGGGUUGGUCCUUCAUUUUCAUGCAAUUGGAGUCCCCUUUGUUUUUCUUUCUUUUUUUAAACAAAUCCCACCAACUUUUUUUGUACAACAAAGUUAUUUUUGUAUUUUUUUGUUUUGUUUUCUUGUGGUAAACUUGAUUGUAAGCUUUUUAAAUGUCAUUGUUUGGUUGUGUAAGGUGGUAAGGGAGGCCAGAGAGCAGUACAUGUUUAUCAUUCCAGGUAUUAAAGAGAGGAAAAAAAAUGCAAAAUGACGAGGGUUGGGGAUAUGGAAGGGGUGGUGACCUUACCCCAUCACGCCCCUUUAUUUUUUUCUUUAUUUUUUUUUUCUUUGGGGGGGAAAAUAAUCUCCAGACGGCUGCAAGGCCAAAAACCACAAGUAUUUUUGGGUGCCUUCCUUUUGGGGAAAUGACAUGUCCUCUCUUCUGUGAAGAGUCCGGCACAAAGGCAGCAUUACUUAGUAGUGCUGGUGGUCUUUGUGGUGUAUCCUUGAGGUUUACUCGUCCCACCUGGAGGCUGAAAAGAUGGAAAAAAUAAAAAAAAUAAUGUGACGAUUCUCACUAAAAUAAGACAAUAAAGCCCAGGGCAUUAAAUGUGACCUCCAAUGACUUCU